AUGCCAUCAGAGAAGAUGCAGAAAUGUCAGCCUAAAAAACUCUCCACUGACAACAACAUCAGUACUGAUGAAAAUGACAAAAUACUAACAACAAACACAACGGCAGUCAAAAACAUCAACACAAGCAUUUCAUCGUCACUGACUGACACCAUUGAAACUACUUCAAAUCAGGCAGAACUAAAAGCAGACUUAAGUUCACAUUUAAAGACUGACCCAACAACUGCUGUUAAGAGGAGCAAGCAUUUUGAGAUGGUGGAAAGUAUUAAACAUGCAGGCACUGAUACGAUCUUUGAUUUUGAAUUACCAGAAAAUGAUUUUGAGAUAAAAUCAUUGAUGAGAAGAAAAAUGAAAAAUUCAUUUUAUGUCAUGACGACAAUGAUGGGUAGAAUUACAAGCAUCGACACAUGCAUGACUGUGAACAGUAAUAAUAAUAAUAAUAAUAAUAAUAAUAACAAUAACAAUAAUAAUAAUAACAACAAUAAUAAUAAUAACUAUUAUAAUAAUAACAGUAAUAAUAACAAUAAUUAUAAUAAUAACAAUAAUAACAACAACAAUAAUAACAUCAAUAAUAAUAAUAACAACAAUAAUAACAACAACAACAACAAUAGUUACAACGACAAUAAUAAGAAUAAUGAUAUUAACAUUCAAGAGUGCAAAAGGUUCAGAAACGACGACGACUUCAAUUGGAAAUAUACAAGCGUUUACAUCUUAGUGGCGUGCAGCUCUGAAUAUGCUAUUUUUACAAACAACGACAAUAACAUUAAUAUUAACAAGAACAACAACAAUAAUAAUAACAAUGACAAUAGUAAUAAUAAUAAUAAUAAUAACAUAAUGGUACAAGACGACGACAACUUUGAGAAUUGUCAAAGAUUUGUUAAACCAAAAGUCGAAACGGGAAGAAAAUCUGAAGAUUCUUGGGUUAAAAUCGUUCAAGAUAAUCUACUGGUAGAUGGAUGUAACAAGGCCUACAUAAAGUGCAUGCGAUUCUUGACGCCAUCGUCAUCAUCAUCGUCGUCGUCGUCAUCAUCAUCAUCAUCGUUUGGUGUCUUGUCAUUAAUGACGGUGCUAUCAAAGACAAAACGUCAUGAUGAUGAUUGUGAGGGCGAUGAUGACGAUGAUGAAAAAGAGAAAAGUUAUGAUGAUGAUGAAGAGGAAGAAGAAGAUGAUGACAAAAAGAUCGAUCGUGAUAAUGAUGACGACGAACUGUGGAUUGUCAAGUAUCAUAAGAACGACGGAUACAGAAUUGAAAAUAUUUUCUUAAAAAGAGUAUCUUUGGAUCCCAGCUGCCAAACUCCUAUCUUGAUUUUGCCUAAUCAAAACAUCCUAACGGUAGAAGAAAACGCAUCAGGUUACUCUGAAAUAACUCGUCUGCAAUUAAAUCUAAAGGACCGAAAGGUUGAGAAUGUUGUAGCGUUUCACUGUGAGUCUUGCUCGAUUCGGUAUCUUCUUCCUUUGAAUAAAUACAGCUCUGUGAUUGGCUACUGCGAAAUAUUCCUAUUGCUAUGGCACUGCCAGACAGGUCUGCCUCUGAGAAGAUUUGAUGUUGGAUGUCCAAUAAGACCUUGCUGUGAUCUUGUCAUUGAUAACAAAGGUUACCUCUAUUCAUACGUUAGAAAAAAAUUGAAGGCUCCAAAACCGCAACAGACGCAACUUCAAGGACGACCGCAUCAAAGACGACAAAAUCAAGCAAAAUUACACCUCAUAGAACAGAAACAACAUCAAAAUAAGAAUAAACGACCUCAAAAACAGCGAUUUUCGCAACAACAGCAAAAACUGAAAGAACACACCGAACCUGAAAAACAUCAAGGAAAUUACAUUAACACGCGUUACAUUAAUCAAAUGCUUACAUUAAAUCCACAGACCGGCUCGUUUUUAUUCUCAGAUGUCAGUUUCCCCAACUGUAAUUUGUCAGCUGGCCUUAGUUCAGACUUCAAGUGCUUAUAUUCAGGGAACGACGUGCUAUUCAUAACAGCUAACAACAACCACAACAAAAUUCAAAGAAAUCGUAAAGAAACCACAAAAAACGUUAACCCAACAGCAGUAGCGGCAGCAGCGACUACAACAACCGACGAUAGUUUCGUGAAAUCGAGCAAUGACAUUCGUAGCACUGGCACUGUUGUAACCUUUACUAUCGCCAGCAAGCAGCUCGCGGUUGAGACGCCGUACCAAUUGAGACCACUCUUUAAACAGUGUAGCUGCCUUCGUGAUGUAGUUGUAUUCACCGACGGAAGUCGUGUUUUGCUGAUUGAUUGUAAUCCUUUUACUAAACACUAA